AUGAAUCCGAUAUCUGAGUCUAAAGACAAAGAAUCGCUUGAAGUUGAUAAGAGAACUGAUAGUAGUUCUGAAAUGGAUCAAGCUUUUUCCAACUUGUCUACCAAUCCAAACGUAGUCCUGCAGACAUUCAAAGUUGUAAUUAGAGGCAACGGGAAAAAACGUGCAUCAAGAGCUAUUAUCGAUACUGGUUCACAGCGGUCAUAUUUACUACGAGCUACAGCUGAAGAAAUGAGCUAUGAGCCUACCAGCUGUGAAUAUUUGCAGUACUCCCUAUUUGGUGGCAAGCAUACUGGGGUAUGUAAACAUGAUGUAUAUACUUUGUAUUUAUCGAGUGUACAUGAGAAUUAUAAUUGUAAUUUUAAAGUUCUUAGUCAACAAAUUAUUUGGAAAACUGUGCCACCUACUGUGAAUGAGUUUUGCGUGAAGGAGUUAGCUGCUUAUAAUGUAAAUAUUGUGGAUAAUUGUGAAGAUCCUAUUGAAAUCCUUAUCGGAGCUGAUGUAGCUGUGAAGCUCAUGACAGGAGGUUAUCGUGAAAUGUCUUGUGGACUCGUAGCGAUUGAAACAAAACUUGGGUGGUCUAUAAUGGGACGAAUAGCUGAUACUUCGAGAAGUGAAUGUUCAUCUUUAUUAGUUAAGUCCAUGUUAUCUACAACAGAGACAAUAACAGACUUAUGGUCCUUGGAUACUCUUGGCAUAACUGACCCAUCUGUGAAGAAAAGCCAGAUCGAGUUACAAGAAGCUGCUCGAAGGCAUUUUCUAAAUACAGUUCAUUUGGUAGAUGAUCGUUUUGAAGUAGAUUUGCCUUGGUUGGAAGAUCAUCCACUACUCCCAGAUUAUUUUGAUUUAGCAAAGGGAAGACUGAACAAGACUGUUAAACGUCUUAAAACCGAGUCUAAUUAUGAAGCUUAUGAGAAUGUUUUUAGGGAAUGGCUUGAGGAGGGAGUAAUUGAGGAAGUUGCCAAAAAUGAUCAGGCUUCAGCACAUUAUCUGCCUCAUCGAGAAGUUAUCAAGGAGAAUAGCACUACAAAGAUCCGGCCUGUCUUUGACGCUUCGGCCAAGGCAAAGGUAUUUCCUAGUCUUAAUGAUUGUCUUGAGAAGGGGCCGAAUCUAAUAGAGCAGAUUCCGAGUAUUUUAACCCGAUUUCGAAAAGAGAAGAUCGGUGUUAUUGCUGACAUCCGAAAAGCCUUUCUACAAAUAGGUGUUUCACCCACGGAUAGAGAUUACUUGAGGUUUUUGUGGAUUGGUAAUGAUGGUCAGCUGAAAGAGUACAGACAUUGCCGUGUAGUUUUUGGUGUAUCGAGUAGCCCUUUUCUUCUAAAUUCUACUAUUCAGCUUCAUUUACAAACUGUUUUGGAAAAAAUAGGAACUGGAGAAUCUUCGUAUCCAAAAGAUGUCAUUCAAAAACUUGCGCAUAGUUUUUAUGUCGACAAUUGUGUUAGUUGA